UGCAGUGGGCGGGAAAAGAAUGUUGGCAUUGUGACAGCUGACAUUUCUCUGACAAGUAGCGAGUAGUGCUGAGGUCCGAAUGAUCGCGGUAAUGGGCGCAGUCCUGGCUGCCUUGAGGUGACUACCGCAUUCUGUCAUGCUCUCUCCUCAUCACUGAGCUGUAGUUUUGCUACUUUACGGCAGAGACAGAGUUGCAGAACUUGUUUUCGUUACUUUGUCAGCCUUGCGAUUUUAAGUAGUAUGGAUACCUCAUCCCCGGCCGGCCGAUUCCGGGACAUGUGAUGGCACUAAAGGCUGAAAAAAGCCUUCGGUGAAGGCCCAACAAUUAUAUGAAUAUGUGAGAACUUGCUGUACCAAAAUAAUGGAACUGCAACAGCCCAGACAUCAGUCUUAUGUUCAUUUAAUUUUAACAAGUCGAGAAACAUUGGUCGGUCUUAUAAGAAACAUCAAUUGCUUACUUGAGAAUUUGGUCAACCAUGGAUAUUUUUCACAAGAAGAUUCAGAAAUUGUUCUGCAGUUUCCUACAAGGGCAGAAAAGAUUCGUCAGAUUCUUAAUCUGGUACAAAGCAAGGGGGAGGAAGUUGCUGAAUGUUUCAUAUAUGUCCUUCAAAAAGUACCCGAAGCUUACUUUGAUCUGAAGUCUUGGUUAACUGAAAUCGAUUUUCAACCAUCAGAACAAAUAAAAAGUUUACAUGUUACGAAUAAUGACCCUGUUACUUUAUACAGCACGAAGCUCAAACAAGAAUUAUGUAGUGAUUCCAAAUUUGUAAAGUCUUACUCUGAGAAAGAGGAGUUGAUUCUCCAGGAAACUUACGUUAAUGGGGUUAUGGAAUUGGUGAAUGACAAAAAUGAAACUAUGGGACAAGUAAAAGAUCUGAAUUCCUUGUUUGAUGACAUCGGGGUGAUCAAUGAAGAAGGAGGAACCACAUUUAUCUAUGGUGAUGCUGGCAUGGGAAAGACGCUUCUGAUCCAAAAAAUUCUAAAUAUUUGGGCAAGAGGAAAAUCUUACUCUGACAUUAAAUUUUUUUUUAGGUUUCGAUGUCGGACAUUUGUAUUUUUUAAUGCCAACACUAGGAUCUCUUUAAAGGAUUUACUCUUCAGGUACAACUGCUAUCCAGACCAUGAUCCAGAAGAAGUGUUUCGAUAUAUAUUGACAUUUCCAGAAAGUGUAAUGUUCACUUUUGAUGGCUUUGAUGAAAUGCAUUCCAGUUUUGACUUAAGCAACAUUCCAGAAGUUACUUUACCUACAGACACUGCACAUCCUGCAACACUGUUCAUGCAUCUACUGAGUGGAAAACUGUUAAAAGGAUCAAGGAUUGUUUUAACGGCAAGAACAGGUUGUCACGUCUCAGGGAAAUUUGUUAGAAAGAGAAUUAUGCUGCGUGGUUUCGGGGCAGAUAACCUAAUGGAAUAUACAAAAUUAUUCUUCAAGGAACCCAGCAUUCAGAUGCGUGUAUUAAACCACUUACAAGCCAACCAUAAUUUCAGCAGUUUAUGUUCCAUCCCCUUGUUUUGCUGGAUAAUAUUUAAGUCUUAUGAACAUUUUCACUCCAUGAAUGAGAGUCAUGAGUUUUCCAGCAGUUCUGUUACCCUUACUGAUAUAUUUUUACUCUUAAUUGAAGUUUACUUGAACUUGUCUACUAAAGGAACCCCUAGAAGUCAGACUGAAACUUACAAGAAGGGCAAAGACACAUUGCUUUUGAUAGGAAAGCUUGCCUAUAAUGGGAUGGACAGUUCAGUCUUUGUUUUUGACUAUGAUGCUAUCACAUCUCUUAACAUCCCAGAGCAAAAUCUCAAGUUGGGUUUUCUAAGACCUGUAAAAAAUUUCAAUGAAUCUGGUGAAGAUGGCUCUUUUGAAUUUUUUCAUGUGACACUUCAGUCCUUCUUCACUGCCUUAUUUCUUGUGAUCGAUAGUGGAACUGGCACUAAAGAGCUGCUAAAGUAUUUCGCUCAUUGUGCACACUCCCAACAAGAGGAGCUUCAACCCAACCUGAUGUCAUGUGUCUGUGAAAAGAAGUACAAGCAGGGGGAUCCAUUUGCAAAUAUUGAUCACUUACAGUUUAUUAACCUGUUUCUCUGCGGGUUGCUUUCAAAGCCAAAACAAGUUCUCCUUAGACAUCUAGUCCCAUCUUCUGUUUUAAAAGUAAAGAGAAAAGCUCUUAAGCAACAACUUUUCAGAAGUGUGAAAUUUCAUUUAAAAAACCUUCCUCGGUCAGAUUUUGGGGGAUACAACUGUGUUCAUGCAUUGACUCACUUCAUCUGGAUGGCACGAUGCAUAUGUGAGACUCAGUGUGAAAAGGUGGGGAAACUUGUAGCCAAGGGAAUAUGUGCAAAUUACAUUAAGCUAAGCUUCUGUGGGGCUUCUUCUUCUGAUUGUGGUGCCAUCUCCUUUCUUCUGAAUCAGUACCAGAAACAAAUUGCAUUGGAUUUAGACAAUAACAAUAUAAAUGAUUAUGGCGUGAAAGAGCUUAUACCAUGCUUCAGGAAACUCACUGUGGUCAGAUUAAGUGUGAAUCAGAUCUCUGAUGAUGGUGUCAGAGUUUUGGCUGAAGAGUUAACCAAGCACAAGGUCAUCAUAUUUCUAGGUUUGUACAAAAAUUUCAUAACAGAUUUUGGAGCCCGGUAUGUGGCACGCAUCAUUCUAGAAUGCCCCUUGUUAAAGCACGUGAAGUUGGGAUACAAUAAGUUCACUGCUGUGGGUGGAAAACAUAUUGCACAGGCUUUACAAAAGAACACCAGCAUUUGUGAUGUGGGCAUGUGGGGAAAUCGCAUUGGUGAUGAAGGAGCUCAGGCAUUUGCAGAAGCAAUAAGAAAUCAUCCCCAUCUGAAAGAUCUAAGUCUGGCCUGCAAUGAGAUAAGCUCGGUUGGAGGCAUAUACAUUGCUGAUGCUUUACAGCACAACAAGUCUAUCAGAACAUUAUGGUUGACAGAAAACAACAUCACAGAUGAGGCAGCCAAGAACUUUGCUGAAAUGCUGAAAGUGAACCAAACUCUUAAAAACCUGUGGAUAGUUAAAAACCGUAUCACUAACUAUGGAGCCAACAUACUGGCAGAAUCUCUGGAUCAUAACACUGAUUUGGAGGAGCUUUGUUUACAUAGCAAUCCUCUUACCCAUGACGAGAAGGAACCUUUUCACAAGAACUCAAGAAUUAAGACCUAGAUCCUGAAAAUUGAAAGGAACAGAUCUGCCUGUGAGCACUCGCUUAUGUUACACUUUAUUGGUCAUUACAAUUAUAUGCAACAACUUUAUCCUGUUAUACAAUAUACUGUGAAAGGCAUUAAGAUUCAAUAUAUUGGUUGCCUGAACUUGAUUAAAUACACUUUUUUUCUUAAUGGAGAAUAUUGGACAUUAUUUACUUUACUAUGGCUAAUGCACCAAAUGAAUUGUGACUUGCAACAAUUGAGACAUAUCUAUUAGGCAUGGUGCACAAAAACAGUAAAAUAAAAUGUUGGUACACUAUUUUUUCCCCUAGAGUAAGCCAACUAAUAGUUGCUCUAAAUUGGACUAGACAGUCUAAAGAUGUGCCAGUUUUAUCAGACAGCUUAAGCCACUGUGAUAAAUCUUGGCCAUUUGUAGAUUGUCUACUCUGCACUUGCCCUUUCUAAUAAUU